CUUUAUAAGGGACGAGUGCUCUGUGGCUCUCACCUGCAGAUCCUCUCCCACAUUUCCUCCCACGAACUGUUGAGAGCCUGAACACUGCAGCGAUGCCUCCUCCCGGUGUGUGUCUGAACAUUAUGGCGGCUCGUCAAAAGCAAAAAGGUUAUGGGAGGUUCGACAACCCUGACAACUUCCUCAACCAAGACUACAAGCAGCUGAAAGAAUACUGUCUCAUCCAAGGAUUGAGGUACAUCGACGACAUGUUCCCCCCUGACCACAUCUCCAUCGGCGAAGACAUACUGAGCGCCUCUGAUCUGGCCCGCGUGGAGUGGCUGAGACCAAUGAAAAUUGCUCCUGAUCCAAACUUCAUACUUGACGGCAUCUCAAGGUUUGACUUUGGUCAAGGAAUACUUGGAGACUGCUGGUUUCUUGCGUCUAUCGGAGCUCUGACGUUCCAGCAAAAUAUCCUUGAACAAGUUAUCCCCAUUGACCAAACAUUUGAUGAAAAAUACUGCGGGAUUUUCCACUUCAGGUUCUGGAGAUUUGGAAAAUGGGUGGAUGUCGUCAUUGAUGACAAGCUACCAACAAUCAAUGGGAGAAUGAUCUUCGUUCACUCCAAAGACAAAAAUGAGUUCUGGCCCGCUUUGCUGGAGAAAGCAUAUGCCAAAGUGUGUGGUUCCUAUUCCGACAUGAAUGCCGGGACUCCCGCAGAGGCCAUGAUGGACUUCACAGGUGGUGUUCACAUGUGUAUCCAGCUGUCGGAUCCCCCUAAAAACCUGUGGCAGCUGAUGUGCAGAGCGGGCCAAUCCUCGUCUCUGAUAAGCUGUGGUACACCUCAAGGGGAGACAUCUGACAACAACAUAUUGGCAAAUGGAUUGGUCGAAGGCCACGCCUACACGAUCACUGGUGUGAAACAGACGAUGAGCCACGGGAAACAAGUGAACCUGGUGCGUUUGUGGAACCCCUGGGGCAAAGGAGAGUGGACUGGAGACUGGAGUGAUGGGUCUUCUCUGUGGCAAACACUGAGUGCCAACGAUCGUGACCACUGCCUUACAGUUGCUGAUGACGGAGAGUUUUGGAUGACCCUGGGGGACUUCUGUACGUUCUACAACGAUCUGGACAUCUGCUCCCUGAGUACCGACUUCCUUGAUGGAAACUCCUCUAGUCAGUGGAAGACCACCACGUAUGAGGGCAGAUGGGUUGCAGGAACAACUGCCGGCGGAUGCUUUAACAACAGAGACACUUUCUGGACUAAUCCACAGUAUCGGGUCAAGAUUAACGGUGAAUAUACGGGGAAAGACGGCGAGAAAAAUGUGCUGUUAUCUCUCAUACAAAAGCCCGACAAGCGGAACAGACACCUGGUCGAAAAUCUCCACAUUGGAAUCUCUGUAUUUGAGGUGAAGGAACACCACAUGGCGCAGAAGGGGAAGUUCCCGGCAUCUUUCUUCAGCCAGGCAGCUGUUUUCCAAACUAAAACCUACAUGAAUGCACGCGAGGUGACUGAGUACUUUUCGCUGAAGCCUGGCGAAUACCUGAUUGUGCCGUCCACCUUCAAAUCCAAUGAGACGGCCUCCUUCAUUCUGACCAUCCUCACCAAGGCGGAGACUCACAGCUAUGAGAAUUAUGGUGACCAUAAAGACGAGCCAGUUCAAAUGGUCAAAAAGACCUCAAAUGUGGAGGAAGAUAAGAUGAAGAUAAACUUUUUCCGCCAGAACUCCGACAUUUAUGACGAAGUGGAUGCUGAACAGCUCCAGAUGCUCCUUAAUGAAAAAAUCCUGAAAGGACACUUGAAAUCUGGAGGCUUCAGCAUUGAUGCCUGUCGCAGCAUGGUUGCUCUGAUGGAUACAUCCAUCUCCGGCAAACUGAAUGGUCAGGAAUUUGUUCGUCUGUGGAAGAAGAUCACCACAUACAAGGACAUUUUCUUCCUCACUGAUGUUUCACGAACUGGAACCCUGUCACUGAAUGAGCUGAGGAAUGCUUUCGAAGCUUCAGGAAUGAAGAUCAAGGAUGACAUGCUCAGCUUGAUGGCGCUGCGCUACGGCGCCUCCUCUGGACACGUGACCCUGGAGACUUUCAUCAGUCUCAUCCUUCGCCUGGACUGCAUGUACAAAAUCUAUCAACAAUUGUCUGAUGGAAAAGACAUGAAACUUCGAGAGUCAGAGUGGAUGUACAUUUCAAUGUACACUUAACUCAACAAGGAAGAUGGACGGCACGAUUCACCCGGAAGUAAAGCAAUAGAUAUUUUAAAAGACUGUUUUCUUUCAUUUAUAAUCUUGCAUGAUGGAUGGUGGAGGGUAACCGGUAAAUGGACUUGUACUCGUAAAGCCACUUUUACAUUUACAUUACAUUACAUGUCAUUUAGCUGACGCUUUUAUC